AUAAGGAACCUCUAGAUUUUUUAUCAGGGGACGAACGGACACGAGAGCGGGCGGCUGAAGUGCCCCCCGCCCCACACACACACCUCCCCUCCACCCCAGAUGGCUCUGCCGGCCGCCACGGCGGUGCCGGCGAUGUCCUUCGCAGCGCACCCGCACAGCCCCGGCGGAGGUAGGAGGGCGUCGUCGCCGCCUCCUGCUGCGGCGCUGCGCCUCGGGCCCCUCUUCUGGCCUUGGGAGAAGGUGAAAGUCGGCCCCCUUUCAGUUUCCCCCAUGGGUUUUGGAACAUGGGCAUGGGGAAACCAACUUCUCUGGGGCUACCAACAAAGCAUGGACAAUGAGCUUCAGGAGUGCUUUAAUCUGGCUCUGAGGAAUGGCAUAAACCUUUUUGACACUGCUGAUUCCUAUGGAACUGGAAGGUUGAAUGGACAGAGUGAACGGCUCCUUGGAAAUUUUAUCCGCGAGUUUGAAGGACCGAUGCAAUCUCCGGAUGAUGUGGUCAUUGCAACAAAGUUUGCUGCAUAUCCUUGGCGACUUACAUCGGGCCAGUUUGUCAGCGCCUGCAAGUCUUCUUUGGAAAGGUUGCAACUUGAUCGGCUCGGAAUUGGGCAGCUGCACUGGUCUACUGCGAACUAUGCGCCUUUGCAGGAGCGUGCUCUGUGGGAUGGACUAGUUGAAAUGUAUGACAAGGGCCUCGUUCGUGCCGUUGGCGUCAGCAAUUACGGGCCGAAGCAGCUUCUGAAGAUCCACAGCUAUCUAGACUCUAAAGGUGUUCCCUUGAGCUCAGCUCAGGUUCAGUUCUCACUACUGAGCAUGGGCGACGAGCAGAUGGAACUGAAAACUGUGUGUGACUCAUUGGGGAUUCGUCUCAUCGCAUACAGUCCACUUGGAUUAGGGAUGCUGACCGGGAAGUAUGAUGCUUCUAACCUUCCAAGUGGUCCAAGGUCUGUGCUGUUCCGGCAAAUUCUUCCUGGGUUGGAUUCUUUGCUGACUUGUCUGAGAAGGAUUGCUGAAAAGAAGGGCAAAACCAUGUCUCAGGUGGCGAUAAACUGGUGCAUAUGCAAAGGCACGAUUCCUAUUCCGGGCGUGAAGUCGGUCAGACACGUCGAGGAGAACUUGGGUGCGCUCGGCUGGAGGCUGAGCCCUGCCGAAAUCUCAGAGCUCGAAUCCGCGGCUAUGGCCGCUCCGAAGAAAAUGAUCCAGAACGUCUUUCAAACCGCCUGACCAUAUGCAGGAAUCGCAAUACCAAGCAUGACAGGCAACGAUGUUCAUUCAGACUUCAGACCCGUGGCAAAAUCCUGCUAGCUGCUAAAGUGUUCCCGUAUGCAGAUGUCACGAACCUGCAUGUAUGUAUGUAUGUUUCUGUAGCUACAAGGUGUGCUGCCAUCUUACUGAAAACAAGGCCCUUACAUCUCUGAAGUUUCUUUCUUCAGCAACUUCAGAAACUGUUUAUGUUUUUCA